AUGCAACCGUUUUUAUCCGCCUUCGUUACUGCCAAUGCUCUGCCUGUCACCCCAGCUGGUUGGACAACAACAAGAUUGAAGGCCCUCUGCCAGCUGGCAUUUGCUCGCUGCCCUGGCUGUGGCGCCUCACGGCAUAGUGUGUGCUGUGCUGCUGGCAGCUUCAUUAGCAACAACUCCCUCUAUGGACCCCUUCCAGACUGCCUCUUUGACAAGUGUAUCACACAAAUUGAUGUGAGCGGCAACAGCCUGUAUGGGCGCAUCAACCGCGACUUCAAGAACAUGGUGACGACCAUGGGUGCCCCCGCCCGCGACUUUGAGUACAUAGCGGCGGAUGACAGUCCCAUUGUCAACUUGGCUCACAACUUCUUCUUUGGAGAUGGGGUGCUCUUUGCUCUCGGCUGCAAGGUCUGCCCCACUGAGAUCAACGAGCCCAACAACCUGGGCAUAAGGGACAGCUUUGCAUGGCGAGAGCUUGGUGGCAAGUGCAACUUUCUUGCUCCAAAUAUGCUGGCGAGGGUGAGUCUGUCGGGCAACUGCCUGACCCUCACCCUGAACAACCAGUGCUCAUCCAACGCCACCCAGCGCAGCACAGCAGCCUGCCAGGCGUUCUGCAGCAUCACGGACAACGGCCCGUGCGACGGCCAUGGGGCGUGUGUGCCGGCUGACCCUGCCUCCCCCUCCAACUUCACGUGCCUCUGCGAUGCGGGGUACACCACAGUCGACUCGGGCAACGUAUCGUCUCUGUCGACGGAUGCCAUAGUGGGCAUUGUUCUGGGCAGCUUUGCUGGCUUCACGCUGUUGGCUUCUGUGGUCGCAUGGCUGCUGUGGCCCCGCGGACAGAGUGAGCCCCUCAAACCCUUCAGUUCCAUUCCAUCUCCCCCAUUACUGCACCACUUUCCUGGCUUCCUUCCCGACUCCCCACCUCUCCCAAUUUUCGCUCUCCACUGCCCUCAUGCUCGCCUCUCCUCUGCCCUCAUGCUCGCCUCUACUCUGCCCGCAUGCUCGCCUCUCCUCUGCCCGCAUGCUCGCCUCUCCUCUGCCCUCAUGCUCGCCUCUCCUCUGCCCUCAUGCUCCCCUCUCCACUGCCCUCAUGCUCGCCUUUCCUCUGCCCUCAUGCUCGCCCUCCUCUUCCCUCAUGCUCCCCUCUCCACUGCCCUCAUGCUCGCUUCUCCUCUGCCCUCAUGCUCCCCUCUCCACUGCCCUCAUGCUCGCUUCUCCUCUGCCCUCAUGCUCCCCUCUCCACUGCCCUCAUGCUCGCUUCUCCUCUGCCCUCAUGCUCCCCUCUCCACUGCCCUCAUGCUCGCUUCUCCUCUGCCCUCAUGCUCCCCUCUCCACUGCCCCCAUGCUCGCCUCUGCUCUGCUCUCAUGCUCGCCUCUGCUCUGCUCUCGUGCUCUGUCCACGCAUCUACACCCUUAGUCUCUCACACCUCUGGUCUGAAAUUUUUUCUGUGCGCAGAGAAGUGGGAGGGGUUGGACGUGUGUGAGCAGUUCUCGCUGCAGCAGAUGCUGACUGCCACCAACAACUGGUCGGAGGAGAAUGUGCUGGGCAAGGGCGGCUUCGGCAUUGUCUACAAAGGCCGCUCGCCACAGGGCCAGCUGUGGGCCAUCAAGCGCUCCACCAUCAUGACCAACGACUUUGAAACGGAGGUGCGAGCCAUGGCGUCUCUCCACCACACACACCUCGUGCGCCUGCUGGGCUUCUGCCUGGACCAGAACGUGGAGACGGGCAAGCAAGAGCAGAUCCUCGUGUACGAGUUUAUGGCCAACAGGGACCUCGAGUACCAUAUUCACAGGACCAAGCGUCCGCUCUCGCUGCGCCAGAGGUUGCGCCUGGCACAGGGAGCAGCAGAGGGCCUGGCGUACCUGCAUGGGUUUGACACACCCAUCGUUCACCGCGACAUCAAGCCGGCCAACAUCCUUGUGUCUGCCGACAUGCAAGCCAAGGCUAUGAAGCUGGUGGAGACAUAUGAGGUGGAGGAGCUGAGGGACAGCAAGAUGCCGGCAGUAAGUGAGGAGGCCAUAGUGGACUUUGCAGACCUGGCUCUGGACUGCAUCAAGUCUCCCGGCACACGGCGACCCACCAUGAAGGAUGUGGCAUACCGCCUCAGUGCCCUCAUUGACAAGCACUGCCCUGACGAGGAGGACGAGUGGGAGAAUGUUGUGACAGAAGAAGGGACAAGCAACCAAGGGAUGCCUUCUGAGUUGUGUGGAGAUGGAGGGAGGGAGCCUGAGAGGUCUCAUGGCUCACAGUCUGGUGUGAUCUCAUUCACGGGUACUUUCUCCAUGACUGAUAGCCUCAAGAGCUGGCUGCAAUUGAAGCCAUUCAUAGGGCGUUGA